AGACUCCCAUCGGAUUAAAACACCAUUAUUAUUUAUUAUUAUGUAAUGUCUUUUUCUCUCUCCUUUAAAAAAAUUCUCACUCUGCUGCUCAUGUUGUAUGGAGAUUUGCACUCACUGCGUCCUUUGUCGUACCAAGGAGGAUCUGUCUUCGAAAAAAGGGCAGGCAAGCUGUGGAUUUAUGUCGUCUGGAUUUAUUCUGGCAGUGAUUGGGGCUGCGUUGAAGCUCUCUAAAAUUUGUGUUUCUUUCUCUCUCUUUUCAAUUUUAUCUGAGAUUGUGUUCUCUUUUUUCUCCUGGUCUUGGUGUAUGCUAAGCUGCGUACUCUGUGAUAAUAUCGUGAAGCCAUCUGUUUCAAUGCGAUUGAGAUCAAAAAGGACUUAUUGCGGAGUGGAGUGUUACGGCUGCUUUCACAUACAGAGAUUUUCUUAUCUUUUCAUAUUUUUAAGAGGGGAUUUAACUUGAGAUCAGAGUUUUGAUUACCUCUCUUUUCUUUGAUUUUCUUCUUUCUCUCCGUUCAUUUCGGUUUUCUUCUUCUACAUAUUCUGAGGGUUUUUAGAGGGUUUUUCCUCAUUUUUUU